AUGUGGAUUGAUGAUGGGACUGGUGCUGGAUCUGCAGAAGGAAGGAACGACAACCUGAGGAGCAAGCAGGCACGCCAGGGAGUCCUAGACCUGGGGGUGCUAACAUCCAUUCUUUCUGUGUGGGUGCAUGUGUGUGUGCAUGCAUGCCUCUUUGUGUGUUUCUCAGGGUGUCGUACGGAGUGGGAUGAGGUCAGGUGCUGGUACCGGGCUGAUGUGGGCCAGAUUGUCAAUGUGUCUUGCUCAGACAUCUCACUGCUCUUCGCCAACAAAGGCUACAUCUUCAGGAACUGUACGAAGGAUGGCUGGACAGAGCUGUACCCUACUUAUGAGGAGGCGUGUGAGUUCGCAGAGGAGUCAGAGACAGGAUCAGAGACAACAUACUUUUUGACCAUCAGUCAGGUGUACACUGCUGGAUACGCCACCUCCCUCAUCUCCCUCAUAUCAGCCAUUUUUGUCUUCGCUGUGUUCAGGAAGUUCCACUGUACCAGGAACUACAUCCACAUCAACCUCUUCUCCUCAUUCAUCCUGAGAGCCAGUGCCGUCUUCAUCAAGGAUGGGGUUCUUUUUGCUGAUGAGAACUUCGACCACUGCUUCAUGUCCACUACGGCGUGUAAAUCAGCAGUGGCGUUCUUCCAGUUCAGCAUCCUGGCUAACUACUUCUGGUUGCUGGUCGAGGGCAUGUACCUCCAGACCCUCCUUGCCCUCACCUUCGUCUCACACAAUAAGUACUUCUGGUGGUACAUACUCAUCGGCUGGGGUCUCCCAACCACAAUAUUGUUGGUGUGGGUUCUGACACGAAACUUCUAUGAUAACAGAGGUUGCUGGGACGACACCGAUGUGGCCUUCAUUUGGUGGAUUAUCAAAGGGCCUAUAACUGCAUCACUGCUGGUCAACUUCAUCAUCUUCAUUAAUGUGAUCCGUAUUCUGGUCCAGAAGCUAAAAUCUCCCGGUGUCAGGGGCCACAACACAGGCCACUUCAUGAGGCUGGCUAAGUCCACCCUGUUCCUGAUCCCUCUGUUUGGGAUGCAUUACAUGGUGUUUGCCUUCCUACCAGAGAACACAGGAAAGGAGGCACGCAUCUUCAUAGAGCUGGGUCUGGGAUCCUUCCAGGGCUUUGUUGUGGCUCUGCUCUACUGUUUCCUGAAUGGAGAAGUGCAGGCGGAGCUGAAGAAGCGUCUGUGGAAGUGGCAGACGGAGGGCUAUAUGAGCUACAGUAGGACAAGACGCACCCUCUUCACAGAGAGCUCCACCGUCACACAGAUCUCUGUGCUGGAGAAGUCCUCCCCCAGUGAGCUGCCCUGCAUCAGUGAUACACACACACUCACCGACACACACACACACAGCUCUGUCUCAAUCUGUGACGACACACACACAACUCUGACACACAACUCUGAUUCCACCUGCACCGACACACUCACACACACUGUCUGAGUGAACAAAAAAUAGAUCUCUCUCUUUUCCUUCUCCUUCUCCUGCAAUCCCCAAAUAUCAGAUAGAACUGCCUCUAGAGAGGUCUCUCUUUGAAUUAUGUUCUAUAGAUUGAGGUAUCUGUUGUGUUGACUGAUUGGCUUGGCUGGGGGGUUCCACAGACUGACGAAAAACUCCACCGAAAAAUCCUUGAGUCCCUAUAUCUCAAUUGCCACAGUUUGACCAGAUUCCCAACUGAAGCAAUCCUUAUAGUAUCUACAAUAUACAGUAUGUUUCAUAGUACAAUGAUAUACACAGCCUUGUGUGUCAGGGCAUUUCGAACGGUGCUGUGUUUUGGUGGUUUGCUGGUAUUUUUGCCAGACAUGGGCUUGCUGGCUGUGUGCUCUAGUCACGAGACUCUAGUGGACUGUGCUUGUAUCCAGAGUAGUAAGAAAUCAAACAGUGUCUGCGUCUGAAAUGGCACCUUAUUCCCUAUAUAGUCCAUGUUCAACUGACCUCUCUCCCCUCAUCAACCUGAAGUGUACAGAGAAGAACGACCACUUAUCAGUGGUGGAAAAAGUACCCAAUUUUCAUACUUGAGUAAAAGUAAAUGAUACCUUAAUAGAAAACGACUGAAGUAAAUUUGAAAG